AUGAUAAGAUUUGAUAAUAACCCAGUUGUAAAAAUUGAAGAGCUUCUAACAACAAAUGGCUAGAAAGAUGCUAGACUUUUUGACAUGCUAAACUAACUUUACUUAAGAAAUCAAUUUGAGAAAUGCUAGUUAUUCCAACAAUUCUAUAUUAAAAAAAUGCAGGAAAAAUAGUCAAUUUUGCAAAAAUCAAAAGAAAUUCCUUUGAAAUUUUCCAGUGCAAAUAACACAUCAUCUGACUUUUAUCAUUAAUAAAGCUUGUCUAAGCUGACUAAUCCAAGUUUAAACGCGAAUAGCAUAAGUAAAUAAUCUCAGUAUAAGAGUAAUCAAACAGUUCAUAGUGUCUAUCUUAAUAAUUAAUCUCGACUUGAUACAGCCAUAGGCACUAAGCUAACCAUAGUUUCAAACAAUAAUCUAUCAAAAGUAAGUAAUGAAAUGUAUGACACUGAGAACUUUAUCACUAAUAAAGUCAAAAUAAUGAAUACAUAGAUGCUAGAAACCCAUGAUAAUCCAUAUAAGUAGGUCUAAUAUGAAACUAAUAUUCCAAGCUUUAAUGAAGCAACACCUGAUUUCAAAACUAAUAAAAGUAGUUUGCCCUAGAUUCCUAGUUCAAAGUAUUCCAAAUUUUGUUAAGAAGAUUAAGUACGAGCAUAAAAUGCAAAUACGAAGAUUAGAACUAAGAUAUAAACAUCAAUAAAACAUAACUAGCCAAAUAAGAAGCUAGUAGAUAUACUUAGAAAUCAAAAUAAUGCUGCUCUUAAUCUAAAUAAAUGA